AUGAUCCUGAUCAAUAAAUUUCUAAUUUUUUGCUUGCAUCAACUACACAUCACUCUCGCCUCCACUCCAUCUCACAAUUCUUCAUCAAAAUUGCCAUCGUCAUCAGCAUCGCCUCUGAAUUUGGCUUCCUCUUCAUCACCAUCUCCACUAUCGUCAUCAUCAUCGUCACCACUAUCAUCACAAUUCUUAUCAUCACCAACACCAAACUUAUCAUCAUCUUUGUCAAAAUUAUAUUCCCCAUUUGACGUGUGGUAUGGAGGUGAAAAGGUAUCAAACAGUUUGGAAGGAUUCGUUAAUUCGGACAACUCAAACUCCAGUCGUUCAUUGAAUCGCCGAUCUUAUAACUUUGCUAUUAGUGGAAACAACAAUAAUAACAACAAUAAUAAUUAUAACAAUAAAAACUUAAAUAAGAAAAAUAAUAGAAACAUUGAUAACAAUAACGCAUUUACUAUUAAAACCAGCAACAAAAGUCAUGCAAAAAACAUUGCUAGUAAUGCAACAAUUAUCACUAACCUAGUAAACAAUGGCAGGCAAAUCAAAAACAGUAGCAGUAAGAACUUCACUGUUGAUGACAACUUCACUUAUCUCAGCAGCAGCAGCAACAACAGCAGCAACAACAUAUCCAACCUUUCAAACUCAAUGUACGUCCUUGCAAGACCGAAACUUGUUGAGUUUCCACCCAACCAGCCUACCAAACUUAUUUCUACCUUCAGUCCAUCUGAUGCACUUUUCAACCCUCUUCAACGAUUUACUGUUAGUAAGGACGGUACCAAAUUAUUUAUUGGAGGGGUGAACAGGUUGUACGAACUCAACAUACUGUCCAGUUACAGCGAUGGCUCAAACAAAUUUGUAAAAGGUCCUCAGCCAACUUUGAAGCUGGUGAACACGUUAACCACGGGACCAAAACAGGACAGUCCAAACUGCCCACCCCCCGAGGAGGUUUGCCAAUGCGUCCACUCAACUGAGUGCAGGGACUUUGAGAAAGUCCUCACAAACAACUUCAACAAGGCUCUGCUCUUCUUGGACAAAGAUGGAUCGCUCCUGUCAUGUUCCAACUUGUUUCAAGGCCACUGCACGCUGUACAGCCUGGAGAACAGCACCACCUCGUGGUACGUGGGUCACAGGCUCCCUGUCCAAGUGGUCCCUAACGAUCCCGAUGCUCCCGCUAUUCUUUUCGAAGCUCCGUACUCACGAACUACAACAAAGCUGAAAGAACAAGAGCAACAACUUCACAACCAGCAAAAACAUUCAACAAAAUACCAACCACAGCACAAACAACUGCAGCGAGAUGGUGAAAAUCAUUCAAAACCGCAAACCGUUUUAUACGUUGCUUCGACUCGGAGCAGUAUCGGUUUACCGGCAUAUCGAGACAUCAUUCCUUCUAUAUGCACACGUAACAGCACAACACUAGAGCUUGUCUCCAGUAGCAUUCUAACUCCUUCGAGAAUGGAUGUGGAGGUUCACAGACGGGAUAGGUAG